AUUGGGAGCCUCGCUAACUUCAGAAACAUAGAUUAAUCAAUAAUCGCGCAAAUAAAAUACGUUUUUUAAAUUUGGCAAUGAAUUUCCUAUUGAGUAUGCCACUUAAGAUAUCGGUUAUUCCAGCUUCCAUAUAUUAUAUAUAAUACAAUCGCUUUUAUAAAUCAUAUCUAUAUUUCUGAUUUACAAAAUAUUGAGCAGUUCUUUUUCUUUUUGAGACUUCUUACUUAUUGUUAUAUUUCUGUAAGCAUAUAAUAAUUAUUGACUAAAAUAUAUAUAUAUUAUAUAUCUUUUUAAGUUUAAAUUGUACGUUGUACGUAUUCUCAAUUCUGCAUCUUACAUAUUAUUUUGACAAUAAAUUAAAUUAUAAUUAAAAAUGGAUGUGCCAUCAAAUAACGGUAAAUAUUUUUAUAUUUUUUAAUAAGCUUUAAAAAACACAUUUUUUAAAAACCAAAUUGAAAGUUUGUUUAGAUAUUGUAAAUCAUGACCAUGCCUAUCAUAUUACCAAUCAAGAGCAUGUUAAGUGUAUACAAUAGAUUUACCUAUUAGAAAAUAUGUAAUUAAUUAUUUAAUUAACAUAGCCUAAAAAUUACUAAUAUAUAUAAUUACACUCUAGGUAUUAUUAAUCAUGAUCAUGACUAUGUACCGAUGGAUUUGGUACACAAUGAUAAUGAUUUUAUGGAGCCCAUUGAAAAUUAUAACCCAGAACCCCAAGAACUUACACAUGAAGUCCUUAAUUUGGAAAAACCCGAGACGUAUAAAAUAGAUUUUGGUACACAAAGGACAACCGAAAUCAUACGGGAUAAUCUGGGCUUCCAUUAUUACAAAAAUAAAAAAACUGAGAACAAAAUAUAUUUGGUAUGUCUUGAAAAAAAAAAACAAAAAAUCCAUGUCGAGCAACUGCUCAUAUAUCUCCUGACCAAAAUGAUGAUAAAUUGGUUUUGUGUAAGCAACUGUAAUAACGCAAAAAUAAAGAAACUAAAAAUUUAAAUAUUGGUAAUUGUAAAAAUAUUAAUAUGUUGAUUAAUAUUUUUAUUUUUAAAAGUAAUGUUUUGUUAUAUGUGAAGUAGUUUAAAUAAAUUGUAUCGGCAAUCACAAGGGACACAAGCCUUGAAUGAUUGCCUCAAAUAUAUUUGUAAGUUAUUAGAAAUUUAUCGAUUA